AUGGCGGCGGAGACGACACUCUCCCCCCUGCAACACUUACCCGACCCAGGGAAUCUCCCCAUCACACAAGAAAUCCUGAGAGCAUGCCUGGACGAAGUGUCCGAUAAAUUGCUGAAUAAUAUUCAAGCAUCGGUUACUGCACUCAGUAAAGACAUCCAGGAGCAGGGUGAAAGAACAGCCCACGUGGAGCACCGCAUGGGCGAAUACGCAGAAGCCCACAAUGAUCUAGCAGACCACGUUCAAGCCCUGGAAAUGCAACUCACCUCGCUCAAGUGCUCUGAUCUGGAAGAUGGAUCACGGCGGCAAAACUUGAGUGUGCGGGGAAUACCGGAAUCACUAAUGCAAUCUGACAUACCUGAAUUCCUAACAGGGUUUUUCAAGAGCCUUAUACGGGCCAUGCCGACGGAUAUGAUUCUUUUGGACCGGGCUCACUGAGUAGCCAAACCGAAGUUGCUAACCGCAGACGCAGCAAGAGACACGCUGACUCACCUACAUUAUUAUCACGUCAAAGAGGCCAUACUGAAAGCUGCCAGGAACCACAAAAAUCUUCCACCACAAUAUGGCCAGCUACAGAUAUAUGCAGACCUAUCAGCGGCCACCCUACAACGGCAAAGGGACUUCAAGGAGAUCACUGGCACCCUGCGGGAACACAAGAUCCCCUAUAGAUGGGGGCACCCGGUACGCCUGAUUAUCCAGCGUAAUGGACCCUGCACCCACGCGAUAACACCAGAAGAAG